AUGGGAAGCAAUUCUCGCCAAGCUGCUCUUCGAUAUGAACUUGGCGAAGAUCAUAGCUACGACUUUGUCAACGGACCUAUCCCUUGGGAAAUGGACAGAGAACUAGACCAGUUCGUGAUGGGUGAAGAACAGACUUACGCUAUGUGCGAUCCACUGUCGGCCUUAUCCUGUAUUCAAGCGAUGGAGAACCUCGAAAACUACAUCGUAGCCGAGGGUCCUUAUGAUGGUAUCAUGGGGUUCAGUCAGGGCGCCAAUCUCUCCCUCAGCUGGAUGAUCAAAAAGCAGCAAGAGGCCAAAAAUGGCAAAGAAAAGCAGCUUCCUUUCAAGUUUGGGGUAUUCUUUUCGAAUCCCUGGGGAGUGUACAAUGCUAAGGCACUUGCAGAUGGCCAGCUUGUUUAUUUGGAUAACAGGACCAUCGAAGGCCUACUGGAUCUACCUACCGCACAUAUCUGGGGUUUGGCAGACAAGGACCAGGCGCUCGCCCAAAUGAUCAGUACUACCUGUGUAGAAAGCAAACGGUCAAUCUUCGUUCAUGAUAGAGGGCAUGAAAUCCCGCCUAAAAUUGACACAGUGAUAUCUAUGGCGAAAAUAAUCAAUCGAGCAAUCAUGCAAGCUCAAUCUAUGGAAUUUUAA